UCCCCCCUCUUCCUGUUCAGGUUCAGUUUGACCAGUAUCAUUCCCAUGCGAUUCUGGGGCAGAGUGCUGGGCUUGCAGGCCAAGAACUCACAGUUCCUACUGGAGGAGAAGCCAUUUCGCAUCCUUGGCGGCUCGGUGCACUAUUUUCGCAUCCCUCGAGAAUAUUGGAAGGACCGCUUGGUCAAGAUGAGGGCGUGUGGCUUGAACACCGUUACAACAUAUGUUCCAUGGAAUCUUCAUGAGGCAGUGAGAGGGACAUAUGACUUCAGUGGAAACUUGGAUCUGCAGGCUUUUCUUAGGACAGCAGAAGAAGUUGGGCUAUGGGUGAUUCUGCGCCCUGGACCAUAUAUCUGCUCUGAGUGGGACCUUGGUGGCCUGCCCAGCUGGUUGCUCCAGGACCCUGAAAUGCAGCUGAGGACAACCUAUAAGGGCUUCACGGAGGCUGUAGAUUCUUACUUUGACCAUCUGAUGCCUGAGGUGGUCCAUCUUCAGUACAAGAAUGGAGGACCGAUCAUUGCCAUGCAGGUGGAGAAUGAAUACGGCUCCUAUGCCCAAGAUCAAAAUUACAUGGCCUACAUGAAACGGGCCCUGUUGAGCAGGAAGGUGGUGGAAUUAUUGGUGACCUCAGAUAAUAAAGAUGGCCUGUCCACCGGCUUUGUAGAUGGAGCCUUGGCCACUAUUAACUUUCAGAAGUUGGAGCCAGGACUCCUGUCCUCCCUCAGCAAAAUACAGCAUGACAUGCCAGUGAUGGUGAUGGAGUACUGGACUGGAUGGUUUGAUAGUUGGGGAGGACCUCAUAACGUCUUUGACGCAGAUGAGAUGGUGGAAAGGGUUGAAGAUGUCAUCAGUUCAGGAGCAUCCAUCAAUCUGUACAUGUUCCAUGGUGGCACCAAUUUUGGCUUCAUGAACGGUGCUCUGCAUUUUGACGAGUACAAGUCAACCAUCACCAGCUACGACUAUGAUGCUGUGCUGACUGAGUCUGGAGAUUACACCGCCAAGUACUUCAAACUGCGCAAGCUUUUUUCCGGCAUUCUGGAGACUCCUCUCCCUGCACCUCCGGUAGUUUUACAUAAAGCAUCAUAUGGGGCAAUCCUGAUGCAGCAGUAUAUCUCCCUGUGGGAAUUGUUAUCGUCAGUGAUCGAGCCUGUGAAGUCAGAAUACCCCAUUAACAUGGAGAACCUGCCAGUGAAUAACGGCAACGGACAGGCCUUUGGCUACACCCUCUAUGAGACUGUCAUCUUUGGCGGAGGAACUCUGUAUUCCCGUGAUUACAUCCGAGACCGAGCACAGGUGUUUGUUAAUACUCGGUAUAUUGGUCACCUUGAUUACAACAUACAGGAGCUGUUCAUUCCUAACAGACAGGGAUAUAGACAGCUCCAGAUCUUAGUAGAGAACUGUGGGCGAGUGAACUAUGGGCUUAAUCUGAAUAACCAGCGGAAAGGCUUAAUUGGCGACAUCUUUUUCAACAAAACCUCCUUGAGAAACUUCAAGAUUUACAGCCUUGAAAUGAAACCCAGCUUCAUGGAAAGUCUGCGUGGAGCCUCUCCUUGGAGCGCCAUCCCUGACAACGCAGUGGGUCCUGCCUUCUUCCGGGGAAGCCUGCAAGUGCAAUAUCUGCCUGAGGAUACCUUCCUGAAGCUCGAGGGCUGGGAAAAGGGAGUUGUAUUUGUCAAUGGUCAGAACCUUGGUCGCUACUGGAAAAUUGGUCCUCAGGAAACGCUCUACCUCCCAGGAACAUGGCUCCAACAAGGGUACAAUGAAAUCAUUGUGUUUGAAGAGCGUCUUGGAGGCCGUAUCAUCCAUUCCACAGAUCUGGCCUUCUUGGGAAGGGUUCAGUACGUGAGCUGAGCUCUUCCUGAUUGUUCUACCCUCUACUGGUAGUAAUGGUUAAGGUUAUGCUUCUUAACUGAUUGUGGGAGUCAAAAGAGUCUGGAUGCAGACCUUCCUCCCUCUCAUUGUGAAAACUGUGCCCUGUAUCCUUAUAUUUUCUAGUUAUGGGUGGAGUUUGGGCAAUGAAGGCCCACCUUGUGAGUUAAUUUAGGAGGUUAACUAAGAGUACUUGAAGAAAGAAAGAAACCCAGAUAGCUAGGAAUGGUCUUCUAAAGGAAUUCAACUUUACUACAGGUUCUCUUGUCCUGUAACACUAGAUGCUAAGGACCCGACAAGGGAAUGCAUGUCAUCAGGGAUCGACUGGAUUUAAGCAGCUGAUCUGCAGUAGUUUGACUUGAAUCAGCUUUUAUGUUUGUGGCUGGAAAAGGAACAUUCCCUUUUGCCCCUGUAGUAGUCAGUGUUGGGGCUUUUGAGAAGAAUCUGAAUCGCCAAUCUUAGAUACCUGAUUCGGUCAUUAGGCAGGCUGUGAAGGAAUGUAAUUUCUACAGCUUUGCAUUAAUUCAGUCAUUCAAACCCAGAACUUUAUGGUUAAAGGAAGGCACCAGGAGCACCAAGUUUGGGCAUAUAAAUGCCAGCAGCUGAUGGGGAGUUCCACGCAAGCCAGAUGGAAAUGAAUGGAAAUUGCAUUUCAGUGACAUGUAAUGAAUUUGGGGGGUUUGGAAUUGGGCUUUGUGCAAACUACACAGAACACCUGUAACUUCUGAGGCCCGUUGCCACAUGGAUUGCCCUUGCAGCUCUCCCCAGCUCUACUACAAGUUCUUGCAGUCACAAAUAAUGAGGUGUGAGUGCUGGGCCAGGAGUGUGGGGUGGGCUUGUACCUUUGCAUCAAGACUUCACAUGCACUAACCUGCUGCUAAACUUUAGAAGCACCGCCUUGAGCAGUCACGGCCAGGAGGAAGCUGCAACAGAAGCCCCUGCUUGUAUAGAGCCCCCUAAAGACUAACCCAGAAUGGUGCUGUUUCAGAAAAUAGCUGUGUCCAGCAAAAUAAAACCAUCACACAAUAUUCCCCAAGUAUGUUGGGAUUCUGUUUAACGUGCUUCAGCCAUCCCCAGUGUAGCACCCCGAGUGAAUUGGGACUGCAGUCCUUAGAAUUCAUAGCCACGACAGCUUUCUAGAAUAGACUGCAUAGGGGCCAUUUUCUCAAUCCGUACAGAGGCUCCACUUUGGAGAUAAUCCUCAGAUUGUGACCUUCUGUGUUGAGACUCAACUAGACCAUAUCUCCUGCUUCUGCGGGAGGUUCUGAAGGAUUGGAAAUUCAUCCUGAAAGGAGAUAGUCUGCCUCUGUGCAUUUUUGAAAGGUUAGCCGAGUGCGAAAGGAGGAACUGGAUCUGUUUUAAAAAUGGCCUUUUUCAUGCUUCUUAAAAAGGGGGAAAGGAGCAUGGUUCCUUUCCCCAGCGUGAUGCCCUCCAGUGCUUUGAGGUACAACAUCUAUGAUCCCAGAAGGCCAGUGGAUGAUGGAUCCUGUAUCCCCAACCUUGCGAGAAGUAUAGGUUGGAAGAAGCUGGCGUAAGCGAUAAACUUUCGUCUCCAUAUCCUAAUUUCUUUGUGUCCUUUCAGCAUUAGUCAAGACCUCAGUUUCCCUUUUGGAGCCAAAUACUGUAACAACCAUGGCCAUCAUUGGUGUCAGAUGUCCUCCUGUAGCUAGCCUGCAAUUGGUUGUGUAUUGCAGGCGCGUGCGCACACACACACACACACACACACACACACACACUGAAUUUGGCACUUGUUUUUCUAGCUAUUCCUCAGGUCAGCCGUCAGGAUACAAUUUAAUCAUAAUCCUGCCCCCCCCUCCCUUAUAGUAUAACCCUUUAACAACUGCAGGCUCAAGAGAUGUUGAGGGGCUUCUGGCUGUUAAAAACCAUAUUUCGUUUUAUUUAUGAAAUUAAAUACAGUUAAAUUAAAAACAUGGAGAAUAGUACAGCUGUAAAAACAGAAGCCAAGGGGGGGGAACGCCCCUUCCACCUGUUCUGUGCUCUGCAACUCACAUGCACCCCAGUGUCAAAGAUCUGAAGCUUCUGUUGCCUCCCAAGUGCGCAGCCCGCCAUCCGCCAUGUGCUCCUUAGCAAAAAUGGGAGGAAAUCAGGAUGAAUCAUUGUGAUUUUCUUUUUUAUCUAUGAUUUACUGCAGCCUGGCAGAGUUGUAGUCAUAAAAUGGAGGGGGGGGGACACACCAGCAGAAGAAAUUGCAAUUGGAAAGAAGUGCCGCACUGUGGAAACAAAAGUUCUUUUUUAAAAAAUGAAUGAAUGAAUAACUGCCUCUCAAUUCCCCUUUAAUCAAAGGUUAGGCUGGUGUUUUGUUUUGAAAGCCUGUGUCUAAAUUCUGUAUUGUUGGAUACGAAUUUUACUCAGAUGCUGUUCUCUCUCCCCACCGACAGUGACCGUGUUUUUUGAGUUUUUUUUCAUAAAGUCAUAUUAAGGCCCAGUUGGUUUGUUGGUUCGUUUUUUUCCUGUGACUGGUUUGCUAAAUACUGGUAUAAAUGAAAAAAAGAAAAAGAAAAUUUGUCUCUAUUAUUAUUUAUUGUUACCAUGAUCAUUUUCCCUAUCACGGGAUUUCUGUCACUAGUCCCAAGCAUGAUUUCAGUCCGUGCUGCUUAAGCAUCUUAGUUACUCAGGUUAAAGACUAAAAAAAUAAGUCGUUUUUUGCUGUACAAGAUUACAUUACUUUCCUUUCAGCCAGAAGAUACAAUUGUGCUUUGUAUUUUUCAAUGUAUAUAUAUAUUUAAAGGAAAGCCAA